AUGCCCCGACCUAGUGAGCUGGAUCUGCCGAUACAUGUCCGACCUAGUGAGCUGGAUCUGCCGAUACAUGUCCGACCUAGUGAGCUGCAUAUGCCGAUACAUGACCGACCUAGUGAGCUGGAUAUGCCGAUACAUGUCCGACCUAGUGAGCUGGAUCUGCCGAUACAUGUCCGACCUAGUGAGCUGGAUCUGCCGAUACAUGUCCGACCUAGUGAGCUGCAUAUGCCGAUACAUGACCGACCUAGUGAGCUGGAUAUGCCGAUACAUGACCGACCUAGUGAGCUGGAUCUGCCGAUACAUGUCCGACCUAGUGAGCUGGAUCUGCCGAUACAUGUCCGACCUAGUGAGCUGCAUAUGCCGAUACAUGACCGACCUAGUGAGCUGGAUAUGCCGAUACAUGCCCCGACCUAG